AUUCCAAAUAAAGAUCCCUCCCUAUUUGCUGCCUAUAAAAGAGGAGGUAGAGCUGCCAAAAGACCAGAGGCCAGGCCAGCUCAGAAUCUGCCAACUCUUACUGAAGCCAGCUCUCCCGUUCUCCACCAUGCAAGCCUCUGCAAUGCUUCUGUGCCUGCUGCUCACAGUGGCUGCCUUCAGCAUCCACAUACAGGCUCAGCCAGAUGGGAUCAAUUCACCCACAUGCUGCUAUGUCAAGAAACCAAAGAUUCCCACGAAGAAUCUGGAGAGCUACAAAAAGAUCACCAGUAGCCACUGUCCCUGGGAAGCUGUUAUCUUCAAGACCAAGAGAGGUAUGGAGCUCUGUACUGACGCCCAACACCAGUGGGUCCAGGAUGCCAUGAAGUAUUUGGACAAGAAAACCCAAACUCCAAAGGCUUGAAGUCUCUCGCCUGAACAGAAACCCAGGAGACAAGAAACAAGAAAUCUGCCCCUUGUCUUUUCUGAGAACUAUGAUGAGAUAGAUAGAUUCUGUCUCUAAGGGAUAGUUGCUGUCUGUAGGAAUGUGAAACAGCCACACUUAAGGAAUUAUCUCUAAGUUAUUAAUAUUUUUAUUUAAUUUGCCAUGUACUUUGGUGUGAUUUGAAUGUAGACACCUCCUGUCACUUUAAUGUUGUAUUACCAUUUACUUUGCUCCAGUAUUGUGAACAGGCUUUGCAAGAAUCAAUGAAAAAAUUGUAUUUUAAAGCAUUUAGGAUAAAAUCAUGGUGUUAUGAUACUGUGGAAUUUUUAUAUGUAUGACU